AUGCAACUGCGUUACAAAAAAAGCAAACAGUGCAACUGUCCUACGAAACAAGCAAACAGUGCAACUGUCCUACAAAACAAGCAAACAGUGCAACUGUCCUACAAAACAAGCAAACAGUGCAACAGUCCUACAAAACAAGCAAACAGUGCAACAGUCCUACAAAACAAGCAAACAAUGCAACUGUCCUACAAAACAAGCAAACAGUGUAACUGUCCUACAAAACAAGCAAACAGUGUAACUGUCCUACAAAACAAGCAAACAGUGCAACUGUCCUACAAAACAAGCAAACAGUGCAACAGUCCUACAAAACAAGCAAACAGUGCAACAGUCCUACAAAACAAGCAAACAAUGCAACUGUCCUACAAAACAAGCAAACAGUUCUUAACUGUGCUGCGUAACAGCGCAACUGCCCUACAAAGCAAGCAAACAGUGCAACUGUCCUACAAAACAAGCAAACAGUGUAACUGUCCUACAAAACAAGCAAACAGUGCAACUGUCCUACAAAACAAGCAAACAGUGCAACUGUCCUACAAAACAAGCAAACAGUAUAACAUAAAGAUUCGGUUGGUGAACAGCUUUGAUGGAUUUGCCAACCUUGGUACAGUAGAGAUAGAAUACAGUGGCGUGAGAGGAACGAUCUGUGAUGAUAACUGGGACGACCUUGAUGCCAGCGUUGUCUGUAGAAUGCUUGGAUUCAGGAGUGGAGAGGCAGCGUCUCAAGCGGCUUUUGGACAGGGGUCAGGUCCUAUAUAUCUCAGUGACGUCACCUGUACGGGUGAUGAAGAUUCCUUACUAGACUGUGAUCAUUCUGGAUGGGGCGUCAAUAACUGUACACAUGAGGAUGAUGCAGGUGUAAUAUGUCAUUCAUUUGAUGAUCUACCUGAAUCCAAGAAACUUCCUUCAGAUUGUGGCAAACGCCCAAUGAUAAGCGAAGAGAAUAAGAAACAACUUUUACCAAGAAUCGUUGGAGGAAUUGAUGCUGUUCCUGGCAUGGUGCCCUGGCAAGCAGGCCUUAGAAUUGGAAGCCCUCCUUCCGGACAUUGGUGUGGUGGGACAAUUCUUAGUCCACACUGGAUUCUGACUGCUGCGCAUUGUUUUGAUUAUUUUGAUGACGUCAGUUUGUUUACCAUUCGAGUUGGGGAUCAGAACAAUGAGAACCCGGAUGUCGGUGAAGAGGAGUUUGAAAUAGAAAGACUUUACAAACACGAAAAAUACAAUAUGCAGACUUUUGACAAUGACAUAGCCUUGAUUAAAAUAGCCGCUAAGGACGGAGACGGCAUAAAAUUCAACCAAUAUGUACAGCCAGCAUGUCUGCCAACGGAAACAACAGCUUACAAUGCAGGCCGGAAAUGCUUUGUAUCCGGAUGGGGAAAUACUACUGAGCCUAUUGGAAAUAACGGACUCCCAGAUGACUUAAAGUUUGCAGAAGUUCCUAUAAUUAACCAGACAAUAUGUAGAGAGUUGUACAAGGACUUUAGACACGUGACAGAGAAUAUGUUUUGUGCGGGGUACCUUGAGGGAGGCAUCGAUACCUGUCAGGGGGACAGCGGGGGGCCGCUCACGUGCGAAGUCGAGGGUACACAAGCCAUUCUGGGAAUUACCUCCUGGGGGAAAUCCUGUGCGGCUCCAAAUUUUCCGGGAAUGUACGCGAAAGUCGGGAAUUUUCUACCGUGGAUCAGAGAAACAAUUGCUGCUUCAUAA